AUGUUACUUGUAACAGCUGAGAGAGCGUUGUACCAAGUCGAGGAACAGCAAGAGCGUGAUGGUCGCCGACAGGGCCUCUUGCAGAACACCAAGACAUCACGCAAGAAUCAGGAGCCGCACAGCAGUGAUGGAAGUCAGUUUACAGCUGAAGAUGUGCCACUUGCAAGUGCGACAGUCAAUCCACUCAGUUUGAAGCCUUGGUUCACCAAGGUCCCACCACAACCUACCCCCACUUCACGAAGACUGUCUGGUGGCUGGAGUGAGGAUACUCUUACCCAGAUGCCAAUGGGCACUUGCAAGCUCACAGCUGCACAGGCAAAAGAGCUAAUGAUGCUCUGCAACAAUAACCUGAGCGACAAUGAACAGGAGGAGCACUAUGGCGACAGAGACUUCAUUGAUACUCGAGAUGCUGAUGUCAAUGACUUUGCAGAUGAGACUACAUACAUGGACCGGAAUGUCUCUGAUGAUGAGUACUCUCACAAGGAUGCAGGCCGCUAUCUGUCAUCUUCCGACAAUGAGUGUGAUAUGCCACUCAACUGCAAACGGAAAUGCAAUGCCGAAGACCUAUCUGAGGAUUCAUCUUCCCCACAGCACCAUGACCAGCGGCUCCCAUGCAAGAUAUGCAAGAGCAAAGGACGUGUGGCAGCUCGUGAUUACAAAGUUGCAGUCCAGCAACUUAUCAAGUUCGCGAUUGGAGACUUUCAUGGAUGGCUUGCAUCUGAGCAUGCAUAUCCAGAUCGCAUGACUCAAGUAUCAUGGGCAAAAGAAGCUUGGAAGGAGGCCUGUGUCUCUCUUGACAUUGAGAUAGGAUUCAAUGGCAAGAUCAUCCAGAUGAUUACCUGUCGCACGUCGCAUCUCACAAGUGAGGUGAAAGCCAAGCUUCGACCUCUUGUGGAGAGCAUUUACGGGUUCAACUGCAGCACCAGGGAAUCUGUCAAGGCUAAGAAUCGCCGACUCGUAUGUGACCUCAAGGAUAAGUUUGGACUAUGUUACUGUGACCUUGGAGACAGAAAGAGCAAGACCCCUCGCAGUGGCCUCUUUCGAAUGAGGUUGAAUCAAAAGGGUGCUAAUUUGAUCUGGUACCAGAACAAGAGGGAGGAAGGGAUCAUGUUUGAUAAGUAUUUCAGUCCGUUUCCCAUUCCUGCACUGGCCUUGUUAUAUACUGCAGCAGAAUGCUGUAUCGAUGAAUGGGCUGACGGCAAGCGGACUGAUAUCAGUUUUUCAGGCGGCGAGUACAAAGAGGAAAUCAACGAUACUGGCAGAAAACAUGCUAAAGUGGAUCCAAUUGAGGUUGUACAUGGGGACUACCUAUCUGAUCAUGAGAUUGAGCAUGCAGUUCAGGAAUAUAUGCAGGGAGGCAAUGACAGGAAUGAGAGUGAUGCCACGGAGGAGUCUGAUGGUGACAACAAAGGCGAGCAUGAGUAG